AUGUCCAGGAAUAGGGCAGACCUUCUCUUCGCCAGAUUACUUUCAUCAUUCUCCUCCUCCUCCUCCUCCUCCCGGGGAAGAGUCUUUUCUCCUUAUCUUGGUUCCUCGCAACAACAGGAUCUCGUGGGCGGCGUCACAGUCCCAACUUCGGUGCGGCACUUGAUUGGCGCUGCCGAGAGAGCGGAUGUCCAGCCGGAUACACAAGGUGCGGAAUGCGUCCACAGCGGCUUCCGGAGCGACCCAUCGGUGGCGCCGCAUGAACGCUAUCAAAGCGGGUUCAACGAGGAUGGGCUUCGGAGCUCGCAACGGGAUGUUUAUGGUUUCCAUGGUCGGGCUCCGUUGGAUCGAAGCUUUGAUGGUCGGAGCUCCGAGCACAGCCUUGAGGGAUUAUGUGCGCCAAACCAACAUCCGUACGGUUUCGCCCUUGGGGCGCAGCGGAGUUCCGGUGAGUUCCAGAGGGGCAUCCCCGUGAACCAAACCUCGGAUGGCUCUAGGAACUGGCAGCAGAAUCUGAAUGGGUUCGACAGAGGAAACCCUCCCGAGAUCUACCGGAACAGUCCGGAUCCGCCUGCCCUGGGCAACUGCGGUGAAUUUCGAAGGAAUCCUUAUGGAAUUAAUCAAUUAGACCGGGGUAUGAAUGGCUUUUCUGAACGAACCCUGGGGGAGAUUCAUCAAGGCGUCCAACGAAAAGAUGACAGCAGAACCGCUGAGCAAACCGAGGCAAUUGCUGAUGGUACCUGCCAUAAGGGCACCAUUGAGGAGUUGGAUACUUUCUUGUCGGAAGGUAAGGCGAAGGAAGCUGUGCAAGUUCUGGGUUUGUUGGAGAAAGAGGAAAAGGUUUUGGAUCUUGAUCGAUGCUUAAAGCUGUUGGACGCUUGCGGGAACGCCAAAGCUGUAGAUGAAGUGAAAGCUGUUCAUGAUUAUAUCAUGAAGAUGAUUGGUUACCUUGGAGUAAGGAUUUACAACAGAAUUUUGAGUGUGUACUGUAAGUGCGAGUUAAUGGACGACGCGCGCAAGUUGUUUGAGACAAUGCCUGAGCGGAACAUCACAUCAUGGGAAACCAUGAUGCUUGGCCUCGCAGACAAUGGACUCGGGGAGGAUGCGAUCGAUCUCUUCAACAGGUUCGUGCAAAAGGGGCUGACUCCCGACAGUCACAUGUUUGUCGCACUUUUUCAUGUUUGCAGCUCUUUGGGUGCCGUAGAUGAAGGGAUGCUACACUUUAAAUCGAUGAGGGAGGUCUAUGGAAUCAUCCCGACCAUGGAGCACUACUCCAGCAUUGUUCGCAUGCAUGGAGAAGCAGGUUAUUUGGAUGAAGCCUUGGAGUUUAUGAGGGGGAUGCCCACGGAACCUAGUGUGAUUGUAUGGGAAGCCUUGAUGAACUGCUCUAGGCUUCAAGGGAACGUAGAGCUCGGGGAUCAGUGUGCCGAAAUAGUUGUGCUCUUGGAUCCGUCGAGGCUCACUGGCGAAUCAGAGACCGGUCUUCUGCCCGUUAAAACUUCGGACAUGGAGAAGGAGAAGCAAAGGAAAGCAAAUCUUCUCGAGGUAAGGAGUAGAGUGCACGAGUACAGAGCGGGAGAUACGUCCCACCCGGAGAAAGACAAGAUUUACGGUCUUAUAAAGGGGCUAGCAGCGACGCUGAGGGAGUCCGGGUACGUCCCUGACACGAGAUUCGUGCUUCACGACAUUGAGCAGGAAUCGAAAGAGGAGGCACUGCUUGCUCACAGUGAGAGGCUGGCGACGGCUUACGGCCUUAUCAGCAGCUCUGCGCGGUCACCCAUCAGAAUAAUAAAAAAUCUUCGCAUUUGCGGGGAUUGCCAUAGCUAUAUGAAGAUCAUGUCAAAGGCCGUGGGGCGUGAACUUAUCAUACGGGACGCCAAGAGGUUUCAUCAUUUCAAGGACGGUUUAUGCUCCUGCAAAGAUUACUGGUAA